UCUAUUUUAAUAACAUCUUAAAUGUUUUCCACAUAUGUUGAGGCGGAACAAAGGAUGUACUUUGUUUCUAAGACCCUAAACAUGAGCAAGAUUGCAAUUUGAUCUCACAAAAACAUCUUGAUUAUUCUGACAUCAGGGCGUUUUCUACAUGGCUGGUAAUACCGUGUGCUCAGCUAACACACACUAAAAACACUAACUUGGUAACCCAUGACCGAUCGAGUAACCCCGUAACUUGAGUAUCAUGUGACUGACCGAGUAACCCCUACCAUACUAGCCACAUAUAAAACUUAUUCGGAUAAAGGUGUAAAAUGAAAUACUAGGAAAAAAAAAAAAAAAAAAAAGGAAAUAGGUCCCAAAUUCUACCCAAAUUCCCAAUUAUUUGCAUUUUCAAUUUUCAAGCGAUCCCAUUAAUCAGUCCAUAUAAAAGGCCCAAAAGCCCAAGCAUUUUUUAUUUUUUAAUUUUUUUUUACCAAAAGCUUUGGCGCUAAAUUAUUAUAAAAGACUUCCGCCAUUACAAAACAUUUCAACAUUUUCAAAAUAAACACUCUCAAAAUUACUCUAAUGGCGCGGAAGAAACCCUCUUCCUCAAGCUCCAACAAUUUCACACCCAUUUCAAUUGGAAAUUGCGAGGUUUUUGUUGAUGGAGCCGAUAAGAGUUUCAAAUGUGAAACAAAUCAGGAUUCUGUGCUGAUUUCUGCUUCAAAAAAGAUCAAAAUCAAAAUUUCAGUGGCGGAAGGUAUAAACAAAAGCCAAAAAUUAGAUGAAAAGGAGAAAGAAGGAGAAUCUACUUCAUCUGUCGAUUGUCAAUUCUUGCUUAUUAGUCCUAAAGAUGCUGGUAGUCGUACCAAGUCUAUGCUUCAGGACAUCUUAAGUUUGUACACGAAAGAGCUGCCUUCCAUGAACUAUGCUGCUAACACUGGAAAGCAAUCGUCAUUCCUUGAAAGAUGUGUUUCAAGCGGGAAGUUCUGCACCCUUGUUUUGAGUCAGAAGUGUUCUGAAGACUCGGACAAGGUUAUUGCAGCAAUUACUUAUCAAAUUAUCCCGACCGAUACACAGUAUGCUGAAAUUCCACUAGCUGCCGUUAGUUCAUCAUGCCAGCACAAGGGAGUUGGCCGACUCUUGUACACGGAAUUAAGAAAGAGACUUCAGGAUGUCGGCAUAUCCACUAUUUUGUGCUGGGGAGACAAAGAAUCAGAAGGAUUUUGGCAUAAACAGGGAUUUGUAUCAAUAGCAGAGGUGAAUACCAAAGGUAGAGUUCGUAAGCUUCCUAUCAGAGCAGAUAUACGCCGGGCACUAUGCUUUCCUGGUGGUUCAACACUCAUGGUUACUCAUCUAAGUGAGAAUCUCCAUGAUAUUGAGGUUUAUUCGAUAAAGUUGUGCUUGGACUCAGCCAAGAAGUCAACCUCAGCAACUGAUGAGUUUUACAGCCUAGCGGGUACUGAGGUGGCUUUUGCUUCAGCAUUAGGAAAUGAGAAUGGCCAAGAAAACCUACAGCUAGAGCCAAAUGAGAGCAUAUCAGUACAAAGCCACCAGCAUUUGGUUACCCAGGAGAAAGUGGAUGGUGAUGCAGUAGAUGAAUCAUUAUCUGCCGCAGUGGUUGCCAAACAAAUUUCUUCAACCUAUAAACGGAAUACAAAGAGGAGGGUUUGGGAAACUUCCUCUUCGUCAUUGAACUCCAAAAGAGUAAAGGCUGCUCAAGUUUUAGAUCAGUCAUGUUCGGAUUCUAUUAUGGUUUCAAACAAGCAAGGCAAAGAUGAUUUUCCUUCUGAUGGGGCUUUCUUGGGAUUAGAAGAAAAUAUGUUAUCGAUGAAGGACAAGACUGCAAAUUCUUCAAUGGCUUCUGACGGGUUUGAGGCAAGGGGAAUGUACUUUAAUAUCAUGUUAAUGGAUAUUGCUGCUGGACCUAAAAAAGUUUAUCUUACAAAGAUAGUAGAAGACCUUGGUGGAGCUAUCACUGCAGAUGGAAGCUCAUGUACACAUGUUCUUGUAGGAAAAGUCAGAAGAACGUUGAACUUCUGCACUGCUUUAUGUUCUGGGGCUUGGAUACUCUCACCAAAUUGGCUAAAAGAAUGUUCCAGGAAAGGCACAUUUGUUGAUGAAUGUCCCUUCCUUCUCAAGGAUGAGGAUUACUUAAUGAAGUACAGGGUUGAUCUAGAAGAAGCUGUUCUUAGAGCCAGAAGAAAUCCUCAAGGAUUGCUCAAAGGAUAUACUAUCUGCCUUACAACUCAUGUUCAUCCCCCUAUUAACAUGCUAUCAGCUGUUGUCAAAUCUGCUGGUGGUGAUGUACAUGUUGGUUUUAGCAACAGAAGCGAAAAGUCAAGUACAAUCUUUGUCGCAAGUGAAGAAGACAUGGAAGAAGCACUGUUAGCUGUGAAGAAUGGCCUUCGAACAUUCAGUAGUGAGUGGUUUAUGAACUGUAUUAUGAAGCAAGAACUUGAUUUGGAUGCUCCUCAGUUUGCAGAAUCUCUUUGAGAUCUAUCAAGUUCUACUCUCCUAUGCUUUUUUAGGACUGAAAUAGUGAGUAGAUGUAAAUUUUUAACAUAAUAAUGUAUGUAAUAUUUAGUAUUUAUGGAGUGGGAGGAAGGAGGAGAUUAAGUUAGCUACUGCAGGCUGAAAUCUGUAUCAUUUUGCUGAAAUUGUGGGGGAUAUAAAGGAAUCAGCUUGAGUUUUAUUAUUCUCUGAGUCUAUGACUUAAUAUUUAUGUGUGUUUUACUUUAAUAUAUAUAUAUAUAUAUAUUUUUUUUUUAUCAUUAUUAUUUUGUUCCAUUUUUUUUUUUCUUUUCUUUUGAAAUUAGUAAUUACUAGGUGAUUAAGGUGAAUAGAACAAAAAAAAAGGUGAAUAGAAGAAGACCAUAUACAUUGAGUUUUUUUUUUUUUUUCAUCAAAUAAAGCAUUGAUGUGGUCAUCUUAGGAUAUUUUUAUACCUUUUGGUUUGGCGAAAAAUUCCCACAUAAGUUUGAAUUUGAUAAACAUAUGUUGAAGAUAUUUUUCAAUAAUCGACCUAUUUGUACACAAACUAUAAUCUUAUAAAUAUUAGGAAAAUUUGGAUUUUGGUACCACGAAAAUGGGGGUAAUUGAAUUUUAGUACCCAUCUAAAAUUUUAUUUUAAAUUAGUACCUCAAAAAUGACUAAACUAUAGAUAUCAGUACAUCCGUUAGCAUUCUGUCAACUUUGCCGUUAGUGAGUCCCAUUAUCUAAUUAUUUAAUAAUUUAAUUUAUUAAAAAAAAACAUUUAAUUAAAAAAAAAACUUAAAAAAUAAUUUUAAAAAAAAACUUAAAAAAAAUAAUAGUACCCCGCCACCCAGCCCUACCUCCUUGCACUGACGCCACCCCCCCACCAGCCCUGCCUCCCCGCAACGACGCCCCCCCUACCCACUUGAUCUGAAAACCACCUAGGAAGCACGGAAACGGACUCGGACACGGACACGGACACGACACGGACACGGGAAAACGGCAAUCCUGAAAUAGGGGACACGGGUACGGCGUAUAACAAGUCAUAUAAUAUAUUAAAAAAACGAGAAUUUGACAACUAAUUCAAUAAAACACUAAAUAAUUAGCCUCAAAACACACAAUUUUAAUUAAACAAGUAAAUGAACUAAGUGUACGGACAUAGUCUCAUACAUAUCAAGAAACCAUCAAACCAAAUACACUAGUUUAUAUCAAUGAAGAUAGUCAUGAUUAACCAUAACAAGUCCAACAAAACACAUUAUUCACAUCACAGCAAAAUUAGCAACAACAAGAACCACAGAAACUGAAUUUUCUACUUAUAGAACCACUAAUCAAAACUAAAAUUAGAAACUUCUCUCAAAGCAUCAAAGUUUUCUUAUAUAAUAAAACCAGAUCAAAGAAGCUUAAUAACACAAUUAUAAAGCCUCGUCAUUCACGUUGGUAAUACACUCUUUAAUCAACCAAAUAUGAAGGAGAUAAAUGCUAUCAAAGCUCCAAGUAUAAAAGCAAACAUAAUUACACAAAUCCCAGAACAAUAGGAAUCAAGACACAGUGAACAUUGCAUCUUCAAAACCCCAGGAUCCACAUGCUACAUUUAAUAAACACAAAUGAAAAAAA